AUGGGCGAAUUCACAUCCACCAUCAAUGAGCUCAAAGAUUCUCAUGAUCAUCUUACCGUCGAUGUGCACUGGAUUAAAUCCAAAUUGGCAGAUUUAGAGGAUAGACCUGUACCUCGUUACUACAGAUACUUCCUGGCUUUUAUGUUUGCCAUUAAUGAGAUCAACAGUAAUUCUGACAUUUUACCUAAUGUGACCCUGGGAUACCUUGCAGGUGACUCUUGUAGAAAUGUGAAUAAAGCUUUAGACAGUGUCCUGGAGAUAUUAUCUGGAAAGGGAUCCACGGUUCCCAACUACUCCUGCUAUGAUCAUGACAAACUUGUUGGUGUUGUUGGAGGCCAGUCAUCGGAAAUAUCUUUACAUAUAGCUCAGAUUUUAAACAUUUAUGGAUAUGCACAGGUUCCUGUGUCUACGUGCUCUGAAGACUGUCCUCCAGGAUAUAGAAGUGUCAUGAAGAGGGGAAUCCAUCGGUGCUGCUUUGAAUGUUUGCAGUGUUCAGAUGGAGAAAUAUCUAAUGAGACAGACAAAGGAUCAUGCCAUAAGUGUCCAGAAGACCAGUGGCCAAAUGACAGCAACACGUGUCAUCCAAAACCCGUGGAAUAUCUGUCCUACCAGAAUGAUACAAUAACUCUUCUGAUUUCCAUCAUCUCUGUGAUUCUUUUUCUAAAAACUUCUACUAUCUUGGGAAUCUUUAUUGCAUUUCGGGACACUGCAUUGGUCAGAGCUAAUAACCAAAACCUGAGCUUCAUACUUCUGGUUUCCAUUAUGUUGGGUUUCAUCUGUGUGUUUUUGUUUUUGGGCCGCCCAGUACACACAACAUGUAUGCUGCGUCAGACAUCAUUUGCAAUCAUCUUCUCUGUUGCUAUCUCCUCUAUUUUGGCCAAGACUAUCAUGGUCUACUCAGCCUUCAAAGCCACCAAACCCGGAAGUCCCUGGAGGAAAUUUAUUGGAGUAAAAAUCCCCAAUUGUGUGGUUUUCCUUUGUUCUUUCUUUCAGGUUUUAAUUAGUAUCACUUGGUUAUCUUAUUCUCCUCCAUUCCCAGAAAGAAACACCCACUUGUAUGUUGACAAAAUUAUCAUUCAGUGUAAUGAAGGAUCUGCGGUGGCAUUUUCCAUCCUCCUGGGUUACAUGGGACUUCUAGCAGCUGUGACUUUCAUUGUGGCUUUCCUGGCCAGAAAUUUACCAGAUAGUUUCAAUGAAGCCAAAUACAUCACCUUCAGCAUGCUGGUGUUCUGCAGCGUCUGGAUCGCUUUUAUCCCAGCUUAUAUGAGCGUUACAGGAAAGAACACUGUGCUUGUAGAGAUAUUUGCUAUACUAUCUUCUACUGUUGGCAUUUUGGGUUGUAUAUUUUUUCCAAAAUGUUACAUUAUAUUGCUGAGGCCAGAUUUAAACUCCAAAAAGCAGCUCCUGUCAGCUCUGGCUUCCUUCGGCAUACCUCGCACUCUCCCCGAAAUAGCAGACGAAUUCAAAGUCUUCUCCCGCUGUGAGCUAAGCACUGCCGAAACUACAAACCGCAAGUAUCCUGGGUCUCUGAUCCAACUGAGAUCCAGUUACACAUCCAGUCACCUGACUAGCCUUGACAACAGCAGCCAAAGGAAACAGCAAUGCCAAACGCAUAAGCUUCAGCUCAGCACAGCUUGGGAGAACGGUCCAUCGAACCGGCCCCAGUGUGGGACACCUCCACCCAGAUUCCAUGAAGAAAUUAAUACGUUUCAGAGGAGUCUCUUCAACGAUCACUUGUAG